AUCCUCAAUUUCUUUUUCUAACGCGUCUGGCGCAAGAAAAUCGUCCAUCACAUAGGAAAGCUGGACAUCAGGGUCAUGAACUCUUCGUUUCAACGCAGUUGGUGCUGCCUCGAGAGAAUCUAGGGAGAGUAGUAGAAGACGAAAGAUUUGAGCUUCUCUGCCAGCCGACCUAAGCUGGUACAGUCCCUAGGUGCUUGAUUGACAAAUUAUGGCAUCCGCCGCAGGUCGACAGGAUUUUGUCCCUGCCUUUUAACACUAGCUUGUUGAUUAGCCACUCCCCUCGGAGGAAAAAGGCUGAAAAUUUUUCUUUCGGUGAAAAGCAUUUGCACGGCGAGCGUUCCAUCUCUGUCUCUUGCCCUUCUCCCUCGAUCUCGGGGCUUCUCUUCAGAAAAGGAGGGAGGACAAAAGAGGCGAACUUGAAAAGAAACAUGAGAAAGCAAAAUGAAAGCUGAUGCAGAAUGCAUGUUGGGAAAAGGGAGGAUUUCAUAUUUGCAUGGUUGUCCUAAGAUUGCGACUGAGGAGCAGCAUAAUGUCAUAACUUUAGGAGAUCUUACCUGGUAAGAAAAGAGGAAGCUUGCGCUCUAAGUUCACGAGUCACCGCCUUUCCCUCAGACGCGUAGCCUCUCCUCUCACCCAUCACCACAUUUGUCUUGCUUGUCCUUGCGAGUAUCAUCCUUUCCUUAGCUUCGAAUUUAGCUUCUGCCUUUUCAAUCUCAUAGUAUGUUCCAUCUUUUCUGCACCAAAACAUCAACCCAAGCUUGACGAAUAUGAAUAUUGAACUUCUCUGCGAGCCCUCAUCUCGUUCCAGUCUUUGGAUGUAAAUCCGUUUUAUCAAUGGACCUCAUGCGGUAGGAUUGUUCGUACUUUUCAUCCUGGAAAGCGAAUAAGGAAAAGGAACUUGAAAAGUUUGCUAUGAUUGCUUCAAUGAAAUCAUAGUUGGGUCGUUCUCUUAUCCAGCAUUUAUUAAGCGACCAUUGGUGCUUUUCCAUUUCUCCCUGUCUUGUCGUCUUCUUUACCCUUCUAUUUCCCUGUCGAGAUUGAGAAUUUGGAGGUGAAACGGUACAUUUUUGAGGUCACUGCGUCAAGCAAACAUUCGGGAAAUCAAGAAUAAUGAAAUGGGUUUCCUACCAGGAUCCUCAGAUAAUUCCUGGAAGCCAGCCAUGCCAGGUGGUCCCACGACCGCCAUAGGUUACUGGUUCAACUGGAGGGUCUUGCUCUGUGCGAUCUGGGUAUUAGCAUCCUCGUGUUUUGCAUUGAUGCUUGUGAGGAAGUAUGAAGCUUUUUGCAGUCGUAGUAGUGGCAAUGGCGGCCGAGAAACCAAUCGAGACGCUCCAGGUGUUUUGUAUAACGACGAGACCUGGACUCCAUGUCUGAAAGGAAUCCACCCGGCUUGGCUUCUGGCUUUCAGAGUUAUUGCCUUCUUCUUGCUCUUGGGAAUGUCAUGUGUGACGGCUCUCGUGGACGGCGCGAGCAUAUACUACUAUUACACUCAGUGGACUUCUACGUUAGUCAGCAUCUAUUUCGGGGUUGGUUCGUUGCUCUCUGCGUACGGAUGUUACAGGUAUGGCCACAAAUUUGACAGCGCGGAGAUAGAUUCAGAGAAAGCAAACUUUGCUGAUCCAAGACUGAGGAAUUCUUCUGGCAUGACUAGCACCAACAAAAGCUGUGCUCCACCUAGUCAAGCCGUUCGUGAAACUGCGGGCAUUUUUGGCUAUGCCUUCCAAAUAAUUUUCCAGAUGAAUGCCGGUGCAGUCGUGCUCACAGAUAGCGUCUUCUGGUUCAUAAUUGUCCCGUUUCUUGCUGUCAACAAUUAUAGACUGAGAUUUUUGGACAUAAACAUGCAUACCAUCAACGUUGUUUUACUUCUUGGAGAUACAGCUUUGAAUUGCUUACGGUUUCCUCUCUUUCGGAUUGCGUACUUCUUCUUGUGGACGACCAUUUACGUCAUUUUCCAGUGGGUUGUCCAUGCUUGCUUCACCAUCUGGUGGCCGUAUCCAUUUCUUGACUUGUCAUCUCCAUAUGCUCCUUUAUGGUACUUCUCCGUGGCGCUAAUGCACUUCCCAUGCUAUGGCUUUUUCGCCUUGGUGGUAAAGCUGAAACACUGUCUGUUGGCGAGAUGGUUCCCUCAGUCCUAUCAAGGUUUGAGGUGACAUGGAUGGAACGCUUGUACGCGAGGCAGACCUAUUUCACGCUGUCCGGCGUUUCUCCAUGGAAGGGAGCAGCGGCGCGGGAGACUACAGCGACAAUUUCUUCUGAGAUAAUACACACAGGCUACAGCAGAAUUACUCAAUACAUGCAGUUUUGGAUGUAGAAAAUAAGCAGGAAAAAUUUGCUCGACAUAGCUUUCUGUAAUCCCCGGUAACAUGUCAAAUGGUCUAGGACUUGCAGCUGUCUGAAAGAAAUCGAGAGAAAGAAAUUGUCUUUCUCUCCUUCUGUGCAGUGUGCACACACUCAUCUCAUAUUUCCCUGCAAUAUUCAUUCUGUCUCUAUUUCGCUGUAACAGACACGAGGAUACAAUGUAACAUGUACCGGACACCAUUUUAAUCCUAGAAUAUGUCGCCUUUA